CUAAACACCAAGGAAGAAAAUCAGGUAAUUCUGUUUUACCUCCCUCUUAAAAGAAGCGUCUUUGACUCUCUCGAUCUCUCCCACUAGCAAAAAUUCAGUAGUCUGACUCGCGGCAGCCAAUCGUUCGACUCAUUCAGCAACCGCCGAUGAGCUGAAUCGAGCGGCGGGUCCGACUCCCGGUGACGCCGCCGAUCAUGCCAGGACCCGGUGCCCACCUCAUGUACGCCAUGGCGUCCGGUGUGGGACUAACAACCCUCACCGGCGGCCGGUUCACUCCACACCACACCUUAACCUACACCAUCAACGCCUUCUUCGGUCCGGACAUCGGCUCUUUCUCCGACUGGCUUUCUUCAUUCUUCGCUUCAUCCUCCUUUGUCUCCCGCCUCGCCGACUCUAUCCACCACCCUCUUUAUUACAUCCUAAUUUUGGGGAUUCCCUUCUCCUUUUUCUACUCCUGGCUCUCCAAUAUCUUGCUCCGCCGCAAGCUCCUUGAUUCCGCUUCUGGGGUUCCUCUGUCAAGGAAGCAAUGCUUGUAUUUGAUAUCUGCUGGAUCAUUGUCGCACUUUUUCUUAGACCACUUAUUCGAGGUUCCCUUAUGUGCUGCUGUACUGGAAAAUGGGCAGGAAAAUGGACAUUCCUCGAUGUACACUUGGAUAUUAAGCACUGGUUGGUGGGAAAAUCGGGCACCAAUCAAUCCAGAUGCUGUUCUUUUUACUGGAUUUCUGUGCACUAGCUUAAUCCUUGGUUUUGUUUAUGUCAACAGGGUUAAGCCUAUGAAGUCCCUUAAAAACCAGACGUACCAGUCUUACCAACUUGUUGUGGGGAUAGCUAUCUGUUAUUGCCUGUGGUGUGCUAGCCAGAUUUACUGGGUGAAGCCUCGCCGUCCGGCCAUUGGUGAAGAGGCUGAUCUUGGAGUCAUCAUCUUUCUGGCUGUCUAUUUCUUUCUCCCUCAUUUCUUCUGUUCUUUGUCCUUGAACCCUAGAGAUCAUCAACCUCAGCAACUUCCACUGUAAUACAAUGUACACUUGUUCAAGAUGUAGUAGUGUAUACCUGGUUAUGAUAGGGGGGAAAGUAUGCAGUUUAUCCAUUUUUGGCAACUUCAACUUUGGAGGCUCCAUCCCUAUAUAGAGCGGCUCCAUUUCAAAGUCAAUCCGGUUGUUUUUUAGACAUACAA